AUUUUAUUUCAGAAUAUAAAUAAAACUCUUUCUCUUAUUUCGCUUUUGCACUUCACACUUGAAAAGUUUAAAGUUUUUAAAUUGUAAUUAUACUUCAAUUUACUGAACCCUCGUCAGACUAGUGUUUAAAAUAUUGUACGACUAAGAUGGCUACCCCAGAGAGUGAUGAAGAUCUCACCAUCCCACGAGCUGCUCUCAACAAGAUGAUAAAAGAGAUUUUGCCAUCCAUUCGUGUCGCAAAUGACUCUCGAGAACUGAUACUGAAUUUUUGUACAGAAUUUAUUCAUCUUAUUUCCUCAGAGGCAAAUGAAAUUUGUAAUCAACAAACAAAGAAAACAAUUUCUCCUGAGCACGUAUUACAAGCUUUGGAUCGACUUGGGUUUGGAGAUUUUAGACGUUCUGCAGAAGAAGUGAUGGAGGACUGUAAGCAGGUUGCAGCUAAGAGAAGAAGGCAAUCCACUCGACUAGAACAUUUAGGAAUCCCAGAGGAAGAAUUAUUACGUCAACAGCAGGAACUCUUCGCAAAGGCCCGGGAGGAACAAGCCCAGCAAGAACAACAACAGUGGCAAAUGAUGCAAAUGGCUGCGCAAAUGUCGACUCAAAAUCCUGCACAAAGUAGUUCAAACGCGGACGAGGAUGAAUAUUAAAUUUAAGUACGUACAAUGUGUGUGGAUCGAAGUUUUCCCAUUUUUCUACAUUCAGAGAAUUUAAUUGUAAUUUCGCUUAGUCGGAGUCAACAAGGAGUCUUUGUCAAAGACCUGUGAUGUUGAUAAUGAGUACAGGCAGAAAUAAAUUCAAUACAAUGUUUAAA